AUGCAGAGCUCGGAGCAGAAAGAAGCCCCGCCGGCGACUAUUGCACGCGAGGAGGUGGAGGAGAAGGCGCCUCCGAGCUCCGCCCGCUGCGGGGGGCUCAGCGGGCCGGCCGUUGGCCGGGAAGGGGAGCCGCCAGCCCGUGCAAAUACCCGAAGGUCUUCGGUGGCUAAGGCGGCAGAAAACUUUAUCCGCGGCUCUUCGCCGCCGCCGCCGCCCUUGAAGGUGGUUUGCACGCCUUUGCGCAAAAGCCUCUGCGUUUCGCUCGGCUGAAGAAUCCUAUUGGGAAAAGGCUCCGGUGGGCUCAGCUUUGGAUAAGCUCCGAGGGGGGCGAGCCGUCGUGGGUGGACUCCCCCCCCCCGCCCUGCACCUCCGUCUGUUAAGUUAAAACAAAAUAUUCGUGUUUAAGAUAGCUGCUUAAUGAGAAUAGAAUGCUCUAAUUAUCGGACGUUGGGCGCUUGUGUGUGGCUUUGGUCGUUCUCUGGCUCUUUUCCUGAAAACAGCCCAGGUGGUGAUGAUGGGAGACAAAUUGAGCUCCAGCCUUUCCGAGUUUGAAGAGCAACAAUGAAAAGCGAAAUGUAAUGUAAGUUGCAGCAGUGAAACGGUGUUGUUGUUGUUUAGUCGUUUAGUCGUGUCCGACUCUUCGUGACCCCAGGGACCAGAGCACGCCAGGCACACCUGUCUUCCACUGUCUCCCGCAGUUUGGUCAGUGAAACGGUAGCCAAGCAUCAAUAGAAAAAGUUAUUAGGUAGGGCCUUAAGGUUUGGAGGGAAGGGUGGGGUUCACAGAGCUCCUAAAAGGUGAAGUUGAGAGGCAAUGUGCAGUUUAUAAUGCCAAACUGGAGAUGAAAAGGGUCAAGGUUUAAUAAUAAUAAUAAUAAAUAAAUAAAUAAAUAAUUGUUUUAUUAUUAUUUAUAGCCCGCCCAUCUGGCUAGGUUUCCCCAGUCACUCGUGGGACACUUCCAGCAGAAUAUAAAAAACAUAGGUAACAUAUGUUUAGGUAACAAAAUGCAAAAUCCAAAGGCUAUACAAGGGUGUCCUUUGUGAUUGGGGGAGGGGGUUCAGAACAGGAAUCCUUACUAGGAUAAAUUGAAUAUUGAAUUGUUGAAAGCAACAGUUUAAAAAGUAUUUGUAGUACGUAGUAGGUUUAUGUCCAUUAAAAUUAAGUCAUUUCCCCCCCCCUUUUUUUAGUGCCUUUGAUAUGUAUUCCUAGAGCAGAAGCUAAUUUAUCUGAUAAUGUAAUACUUGGUGUGUCAAACGAGUAAGUUGGCUACAGGUGUGUUCCUGAUGAAGAACCACCUGUUCCUGAUGUUGUGCUCUUGACGAAUGAGCUAAAACCUGAUGGAAGGAGGAAACUCUCUGCUCUGUCCUUCCUAAUGGUACUUUAGUGAUGUUGUGUGCAUGUAGUUAGCUUGAUUUUGCUUCAGUUAACAAAAACAGGUUUAGAAAUGAGUGCUGGGCAUGCCCACUUGGUGACAAGCGUCAUUUAUUAUUUGCCUGCCAUUUAUCCCAAACUUUUAAAGAUGGAAUUCAUUUUUAUUCUUGGCUGACUUGGGCACUUCUAGUGAAAAGAUGAGAUAGAAAUGUUGCUAAUAAAAAAUACCUUGUUUGAUUACACACCUGCCCUGUGAGAUGGGUUGCGAUCAUACCUGUUUUGCAGUUUGGGCAAGUAGGCAGCAGGGCUUCUGAUCCAGAGUUAGGGAUACAGGUAUGUAAGCCUUACUUGCACACAAGGAGACUGAGGCAAGAGCAUACUAUUUUUCAUUUUUACUGUACUGUUUUAUUGUGUUUCAUUUUUCAUUCUUAUUGUAUUAUUGAGAAGUUUGCCACUGAGUUCUAAAUCUGGGACAGAAGAAGAGCGGGCUCCUUUAGUUUUUAAUUACUAAAUAGACCCCCCCUUUAAGAUAUCUGUUGGUUACAUCUUGUACAUUAUUUUGCUCACUUUUUUGCCAUUUUCAGUUUCCAGUGCCUAACCUUCACUAACCUCUUGCCUGAGAUGAACAGUAAUAGAAUGUCAGUGACCUAGCAGCAGGUAUCUUUUUUCCCAAGAGUAAAGAUUGGCUUACACUUACAUUUUCUCACAGUGAAGUUUUAAAUGUCCUAAAAUAUUAUUUGUAUUUUAACUUGAAGAAAAGUCUAAAAGGUUUUCCAAUCUUCAAUGCCAUUUUGAGAAGGUUUCCCCCCUUUUUCUUACUCUGAUCAAAACCCUUUAGCUUGCAGUCCAUGAUAGGUUUAUUUUAGAAUAGUUGUACAGUACUCCAAUCAGUGCGACAGGACUUAGAAUUUGGUUUUAUUACUUUUGCAAAUGUUGUGGAUUGCUUCAGGCGUCGGUGACCUUGUGACUGCAGACUCCUCCCCAUGGACCAGAUGAAACAACCCAGAGCAGGAAAAAAAAGGAACCACUGUACUGCCCUAUGAUAACAUUCAGGGAAAGGUCACAUUUAGUCAAGAUCUGGAUUGAAAGGUGACUAGGCAGAAAUACUAAUCGUCUUGCUGCUUUUGAAAAACUUACUCUACAUCGAAGAUAAUUUCCUCUGACCUGAUCUAUUGUGGGGCUUUUUUGCUCCAGGGUGAUUUUCUUUUUCUUUUUCUGGUUACCUUAGUUUUUGGCUACAGUGA